AUGAACUACGAAACAAAAUUAAAGAUUGCUAAAUUGAUAUCGAAGAAAAAAUUAUCUGAAAGACAGAUAAUUCAAAAAUAUAAAACUAGCAAAGGCAUGAUUUCACGAAUAAAAAAAACAAUUGUGCCUUUUCUUGAACAAGGAACUGUAAACACGGAUGAAGAUCCUAUGCCUUAUUGUGAGAAAUCGAAAUUUGGUGAUCAAGUUUUUGAAAUAUUUCAGAAACUACGGGAAGAUAAAGUUCCAAUAUCAGGUCCUUUCAUAAAGAAAAUCGCCUUAUAUACGGCUUCAAAGAUUGGAUUUGAUUCCUUCAAAGCUUCAAACGGCUGGCUUGACAGAUUCAAAAAGCGUCAUGAACUGAGAUUCAAAUUAAUUUGUGGAGAGAAAAAUUCAUCUGACCUAACUUACAUAAAUGAGUUUUUUAAAAUCCUUGACGAGAAAAUUGCGGAAUAUGGAAGAGAAAAUGUGUUUAAUUGUGAUGAAACAGCGCUUUAUAUAAAAAGGACACCGAGAAAGUCGUUUGUCGGAAUAAAUGACGAUACUUUUGGCUUUAACCCCUGGAAAGGUGUGUCAGUGGAUAAAAUAUCAAAAUGUUUUCAGCACGCCAAAUGGGAAAACAGAAUUGAAGAACCUAUUAUGGGAGACCAUAAAAUAAAAAAUUUCGAACAAAUUAUAGAAAAAUUAAUGAUCACAGAUCCCAUAAAAGAGAAGGAGUUUAUAGACUUUACGUACUCUGAAAAUGACGAACUUCAUGAAUUUGUUCAAAACAAUAACUAUGAAAAUAACGAUGAAAAUGCAAUUUUAGACAGUUCAAUUACUGAAGAUUGUGAAAGAAACAACUGUAUUACACAUCGAGAUGCGAUAAAAUGUAUUUUUCACAUGACGAUAAUUUUGAUGUGA